GCGCUGUGCGGCGCGGCUGGGCCUUCGGCGGCACCUCUUGUUCGCUCUCUGCUGCCGCGUGUUGCGUGCGCAGCGGGGCCCGGCCUGAAAAUGGACCGCAACCCGUCGCCGCCGUCCAGCGAGGCGGAGGAUGAGGAGGCCUCGGGCGACGCCGUGGGGGACACCGUGUACAGCAAGCACUGGCUCUUCAGCGUCCUCACCAAGCUCAUCGAGGUUAUUAGCCCUGAAAAGAGUGACUCGAACUUGAGCAAAGAGGAGAUACAGACAGAGCUAGAGGAAGAAAUGGAGAAUGACAUAUGUAAAGUGUGGGAUAUGUCCAUGGAUGAGGAUGUUGCUUUAUUUCUUCAAGAGUUUAAUGCCUCUGAUAUAUUUAUGGGAGUGUUUGCCAAGUCAAAGUGUCCUAGACUCACUGAAAUCUGUGUGGGAAUAUUGGGUAAUAUGGCCUGUUUCCAAGAUAUCUGCAUGUCUAUUAGUAAAGAUGAGAAUCUUGGACAAGUUUUACUGCAGCGUUUAUGUGAUUCAGAUUCUCCUACUCUACUGGAAACAAGCAGGUUAUUGUUAACUUGCCUCUCCCAACCAGAUGUGGCCAAUAUCUGGGUUGAAAGAAUUCGGGAAAACCCCUCUGUAUAUGACUGUAUUUGUUUUAUCAUGUCAAGCUCUACAAGUGUUGAAUUGCUGGUAAAAGUGGGUGAAGUGGUGGAUAAGCUCUUUGAUCUAGAUGAAGAUCUAAUGUUAAAUUGGAUUAAAAAUUGCUCUUGUCAGUCAGUGGGUCAGUCUACAGAUGAUUCCCCAGAAGAACUUCCAGAUUUUAAGAUUGUGCCUUGUUUACUUGAAGCAGCAAAACAAGUUCGGUCAGAUAGCCCAGAAGGACUGGAUGUUUACAUGCAUAUCUUGCAGCUUCUAACCACAGUGGAUGAAGGCAUUCAGGCUAUUGUGCAGUCUCCUGAUGGAGGAAAAGAGACUUGGAGUUUGCUUUAUGACCUGGUCUGCCAUGAACUUUGCCAGCCAGAUGAUCCACCAAUCAUUGUUCAAGAACAGAAGACUGUAUUGGCCUCUAUUUUGUCUGUGUUGUCAGCCAUGUUUGCUUCACAAACAGAACAAGAAUAUGUCAAGAUGAGAAAAAAUAUGCCUCUGAUUGGAAGCCUGAUUCGUGUCUUACAAUACAUGGAGGACUGUGGAAAGAGGUCUUUAGAUAAUUCAAAAGAAUCCAAGCCAGAUGAGACUGAAAAGUCAGGACUAACUCAGGAAGACUUCCAUUUGAAAAUUUUGAAGGAUAUCUGUUGUGAAUUACUUUCUAACAUGCUUCAAGAAUUGACUAAGGAAAAUAUAUUAGAGGGACUAAACCAGGGGCAUCUCAAUGAACAGAAAUGUUCCUGUGCAUUUAAAAAUCUAUUACCUCUGUAUUUCACGGCGGUGGAGAGUUUUCACGAAGUGUUGCGUGAGGCAGAUAAGACUCUUGCAGACAAUCUAGAAAAAUGUUUCCCAAGCCUGAGGCUCCAGACCUAGGAACAUGUGUGUAACAUUUUCCUCCUAUGGAAUGAACAUUUUGACUAUUUCUUUACAUUUGAUUU